CUGUGAGUACCAGAGAGAUCAGGACGUCUGCCAUUGUCCAACAUGCAACUGCUAUCUCUGUUUUCCCUGAUACUGAGCUUGUGCUGCUGCCACUCUGCCUCAGUGUUUGUAAAGCGGAAUGAGGCCCAUGGAGUCCUCACCCGAAGCAAGCGUGCAAAUUCCGGUUGGUUUGAGGAGAUGAAGAUGGGAAACCUGGAGAGGGAAUGCUUAGAGGAGAAAUGCUCUUAUGAGGAGGCCAGAGAGGUGUUUGAACACGCUGAAGUCACGAACGAAUUCUGGAAAGUCUACAACGCUGAAGAUCACUGUCAGUCGAAUCCAUGUGAAAACAACGGCGUCUGUUCUCCACUCAAGGAAUCAUACGCAUGCCUCUGUCCACCAGGCUUUAGUGGGCGUAACUGUGAGCGUGUAAUAAAAGAUAUUCCUGACUCCUGUCUCCACAACAAUGGUGGAUGUGAACAUUUUUGUGAGGAGCAAAAGGGGCAACGCAACUGUUCCUGCGCAGAUGGAUACUUUCUUGGAACAGAUGGUCAAAGCUGUCUGUCCCAAGAGACAUUUCCCUGUGGCAAGGUCCCACUUCUUCAGAGUAACCUCACUUCAAAAAAGGCCCUGGAGCAGGACCCAAGGGCUCGGAUAGUCGGAGGAACAGAAUGUCCCAGAGGUCACUGCCCCUGGCAGGUUUUACUAAAAUAUGGAGAAAAGGGGUUCUGCGGGGGCGCAAUUAUUAAGCCUACUUGGAUAGUCACAGCUUCUCACUGUUUGGAGAAACUCCUGGUCAAGUUUCUAAAGAUUGUGGCAGGUGAGCAUGACAUUGACGUGAACGAAGGUUCAGAGCAGACAAUCGAAGUGGAGGAGAUAAUCAUGCAUCCCAACUACAUCUCAGCAACAGCAGACAGCGACAUCGGCCUUCUGCGUCUUCGCCGCCCCAUUGUCUACAGCACAUAUGCCGUGCCCGUAUGCCUUCCUCACAAAGUGUUCGCAGAACGAGAACUCUGGGCCGUCCAUCUGCACACUGUAAGCGGGUGGGGACGGCGCAGUGAGGGUGGGCCUACCUCACGGGUGCUCCGAAAACUUGAGGUGCCACGUAUCCGCACGCAACAAUGUGUGGAGCAAAGUAACGUCUCGCUGACUGCUAACAUGUUCUGUGCUGGUUACUUCGAGGGUAAUCAGGACUCCUGUAAGGGGGAUAGUGGUGGACCUCUAGUGACCCAUUACAGGAACACCACAUUUCUGCUGGGUGUUGUGAGCUGGGGGAAAGGAUGCGCCCGCCCUGGACAUUACGGCAUAUACACACGUGUGUCCAAUUAUCUGGAGUGGAUCCACAAGUACACGUCAGCGCCAGGUGUCAAUUCAAUGAAGACAACAUAGGCAAAAUCUGUGAAACCCAGGCAAAGUAUAGUCAGAUAAUAACGUUCCAACUUAGAGCAACAUUUUAACUUUUGUUUGUUUCUAUUUAUAUAUCAAAAUAUUAAAACAGCAUGUGUCAGCUUUACAAUUCAAAUUUCCUUCCCUAUGAAAUAAAAUUAUAAUCUGAAAUAAAGGUUUAUCUGACUUAAAGUGCA